UUGUUUUUCUAGGUUUAAUAUAUGGUACUGUAGAGACAACAAUUGUGUAAGCAUUUUGUUUUUCUUCUGCUAUGGCCGGCCACGAGGGAAAAUAUUACUGAGUCGUAAUGAGGGAAAAUAUUAUUGAUGAAAGUUUUGUGAAAUUAAUGAAACUUUUGGGACAAAAGAUUAGUGAUGGAACUUUUGCGGAAUGAAGAAAGCUAAGAUAAUGUGUAUGAAAUUGUUCACAAAUAUGGCAGAAAGAAAUAACAGUCUUAUGCUCAGAUUAAAUUUGGUCUACAAAUAAUAAUAUUAAUUAAUUAAUUAAAUAAAAUAAAAAGAUUUUUGGCGCUCUCACUUUUCCAAAAAUACCCUUAGUUGUUGAAAGCCUAUAAAUAAUUAACUUUGGGUUCAAGAUCUCAAUUAAUUUCAUUAAGAGGAAAGAGAGAAAGCGUAAACUUUCUCUCUACCGAAUCACUUCCCUCUCCUUCUCCGCCCUCUCACUCACCAUCACAUUGCGCUGAUUCACCACCACCAUCUCCUCUGCUGCUUGACGUCUCACCGGCUCCGAUCGUGAAACUGUGAUUAUCAACUUCAAAGGAAUUCCUUGGUAUACGGUCCGCCACGUAAUAAGACCUUUCAAUAAAUAUUUGCAAUGGAUUCUUCUAGUGGUUAUUUACCAUUACCACUUAACCAAUACGUUGGCGUCAAGUUUAGGCCAACCGAUCAACAACUUCUUCAUUAUCUUUAUAGUAAGAUUAAUGGUCAACCAUAUUUUCAAGGAGCUAUUUUCGACUUUGAUCUUUAUGGUGGAACCGAGCCAUGGGAAAUCUGGCAAAGUUUCAAAGGAAUCGAUGGUGAAGAUCUCUACUUCUUUACUAAACUCAAGAGGUCAACGAAGAACUGUGGACAAUUGUCAGCACACAUCAGUCGCAAGAUUGGGUUAGCCAACGGCACUUGGAGUGGCGAGAAUUCAGCCACUCCAAUUUUCGCAAAUGAAGAUGAUGAACAAAUAAUUGGUUACCGCAAGCGCUUUAGGUAUGAGAAUGACCAAGUGGAAGAACACCAUGGUGAAUGGAUAAUGCAUGAAUAUAGAUUGCACCAAAGUUAUUUGGCGUACCAAGAUGUGGAUCAUAAUUAUGUUUUAUGUCGAAUAAGGAAGAAUGAAAGGGCUAAAAGAAAAUUAGAAAUACGUGAGUUGCAACAACCCAAUAAGAAAAGAAUGACGGCACCAAAAAUCUAUCCUAAUAAAAGACUAAAGACAAAAGCAAAGGAAAGUUGUUUAGUUGAUCAGUUGCAACCGAUAGAGCCAAGAUUAAUGAUACGUCAGACGAUCUACAACUCGAAUAUCAUGCCUGAUAAGACCACUUGUGAAGAUAUCAGUGUUGUGGACCACGUACCGAAUAUGACUGCUAAUCAACAUAACGUUUAUACGCCUUUAAUGGCCACAAAUAUUGAAAGCAAUAAUUUGGGUACUGGUCUAAAUUUAGGUGACUUGAACGACGACGAAUGGAUGAAUUGUAUAAAUCUCGAUGAAUUGAACGACGUUCACUUUCCAUUUUACACCGAGGGCAACUUCGACGAAAUUAAACAUCGUGUAUUUUCAAAGUUUGAUGAGAGAUAGUUAUUCAUUGUA